GUGGUAACAAGGUCCAUAGAAACACAAAACAAUAUGGAAGAAACUAGAUUUUGAGCACAGUGAACUUUAAACCAACCAACUAGUAGACAGAAUUGAAAGCCAUGGGAAAAGGACAGCAAGUGGGAGGAAUGUUGGGUGGAACAGAUGCCAUUCACAUUGCCACGGUCCUGGAGGAUUGCGUGGAUCAGCUCUCCGUACUGGGGCGGAUCAUGCCGGCGUCGUUUGAGGCUCGGGUGGACGCAGUAGAGAUGGUCAGCAAUGAGUUAAACCAGCUGGUUACAGGACAGAAGGAGCUCGAGUUACGCUACCAGACUAUCCUGGCUAAGAAACUGGACCUGAUGAGCAGCACAAAAAAUGCUGAUCGCCUCACGGAGGUAGAGAAGGAAGUCAUUGAGGCGGGGGCGGAUCUCAAAAACAGCACACAUGUGUUUGGACGAAGUCUUCGACAGAAUCCAUUAACGGGAGAUAACAUGAUGAAAGUUCAAGAGGACAGAAUGUUUGUGGAGAGAUGUAUGGCUGAUACCUUGUCGGAGUGUAUCCAGAACUGCAGUUUCCAGGCUCUGUCAGAAACUGUCCGAAGAGAGAAGGAGAGGAAGGCCCGACUACAGGAAACCAUUCUAAAGGAGGAGAAUGGCAGGAGGCACGUUAAAAUGCUGCACAAGAAGCUGGUGGACAUUCAGAAGGAAAAGGAGGUGGAGCUACAACAGAGAAACAACAUGAUCGCCCACUUCAAGGACCAGCUGCAAGAGAUGAAAGCCAAGACGGACAUGGAGGGAAAAUACCUAAAAAAGAGCGCAGAAGUGACGGUCGCACAGACCCAGAAAAAAUGCACCCUGUCCGAGAAAGCCCUCCAAGAUGAAAUAGAGAGUUUGAAACACAAGAUUGAGGAGGAAAAUAGAUGCAAUCAGGAAAUAGAGAGUUACCUCAGGUCACAUCAAGAGGAACUGGAGAAGAAGGUGGAUAUCUGGAUGGAGAAGUACGAGAAAGAUGUUGAGGCCAAACAACAUGAGCUGGACGUUCUCAAAGCCUCGAAAGCCAAGGAUCUGGACAAGCUCCAGGAGCUGACAAAACUAUAUAAAGAAUAUGAGCAAGUGGUUGUAGAAGAUAGAAUAGAGAAGGAGAAAGCCAGGCGAAAGGCUGAUCAGGAAGCCAUCGAGUUGAGAGCAGCCAUCAGGGUCCAGUCCUGGUGGCGCGGUGUUAUGGUCAGGAAGGGAUUCGGACCAUACAGCAAAAAGAAGAAAGGGAAGAAAGGCAAAAAAGGAAAGAAAGGCAAGAAGAAGAAGUAGAGGACUUGAUUAUGCUGGUUGCGUACAGUAUUUUUGUUACUAAGUGUUACUCGUGGGGGCCAUCUUUCACGACAAUGUUAACCUGACAAUGUCUGACAAGUGUGUCAUUUCCAGGAAGAAAUGACUUGUCAAUUAAGUGAAUUUCAUUAUUGUUUUUAAUUAAGUAAGAGAGUAAUGCAUGAAAUAUAUUGUACUUUGUUUAUUUUCUAAAUAAAUUUUUAACCUUCA